AUGGACAAAUUCAAGUGCGUAUCAAAGUCUUGCUCUUCAAUGAUCUGUCACCCUGAAUUCACGAAAGCUCAUAAGCCUUGCGGCGGUAUAUUCAUCCAUGUCUUGCCCGUUAAGUGUCCCUGCCCGGGCAACGACAUCCCAGAUCAAAUGAAAGGCCUCCAUUAUGCGUCCACACAUGACAAGAAUGAAGUGUUUGCUCAACGGGUAAGUUUGCCUUAUUUUGGUUAUGAGGAUAUUACUCCAGUUAUAAACGGGCUUGCUUGCCUUUACACGGGUGAUCAAGUUUCACUUUUUAAUAUAUCUACUCGUGAACUUAUGAGGCUUCCCUCUUCAAAUUUAUACGGUGAAGGGCGUAGUGUUUGGUAUGCUCUCGGUUUUGAUCCUGUGGAUAAUGUGUAUAAAUUGCUUAAAGUCAAAACGGUUGCCAAUCGACUAGUCUAUGAGAUCCUGACUCUUGAAACAAGUUCAAGAUCGACAUGGAGAUGGAGGGUCCUUGUUCAGGAAGGUUUGCCGAUGUUUUCCUCUAUCAGUGGUCAAAGUUACUUCUUGAAUGGUAUAAUUUAUUGCAAGUUUGGAGAAGAAAAUCAUUAUCUUGUCUUUGAUGUCUACAAAGAGCAGUUCGUCAUUUUCAACCUACCACGCGUCGCCUCAAGUAUAAGAGACAAAUUCAACAGCAAUUUCAUAGUAUUCGGCCAAUUUGAAGGGCGCCUAGCCCUAGCACGUGUUAAGAAGACACAAUUUGAGACGGUUUUGGAAGUUUGGGCUUUAGAAGAUCAUCAAAACUCUAUAUGGAGCCAGCAUACUAUCGACAUACUAGAUGAACUAGUUACAUACUUUUUUGGGAUUUUCGCGUGGAUAUCAUAUUCCUUGUCAAGAAGUUGGUCCAAACUGAAAAUAUUACUUUUUAAUUUUGGCACAUAA